CCAUUUAGCCCCAAUAAAGACAUGCGACUUGCAGCAAGAUGAGUCUCACUCCCAAGGACAAGGCAACCGUCAAAGCCUUCUGGGCUACCAUCUCUGGUAAGGCGGACGCCAUCGGCCAUGCAGCUCUGUCCAGGAUGCUGAUCGUCUACCCCCAGACAAAGACAUACUUUUCCCAUUGGAAGGACUUGAGCCCCACUUCUCCUCUUGUGAAGAAGCACGGGAAGACGGUGAUGGGCGGCUUGGCUCUCGCUGUCAGCCAAAUGGACAACAUGAUCGAGGGUCUGCUUGACCUCAGCGAGCUGCACGCCUUCAAACUGAGAGUUGACCCUGCCAAUUUCAAGACUCUUAGCCACAACAUCCUUGUGGUGCUGGCCAUCAUGUACCCCAAGCAAUUCACCCCAGAGGUCCAUUUGGCCCUGGACAAGUUUUUGGCUUGCCUGGCUCUUGCUUUGGCUGAGAAAUACAGAUGAAGUUCACCAAGGCGGGAGCACAACAGUCCACAGGAAAUUAUUUCUGCUCUGCUGGGAUGAAUUUCAAUAAAUGAUUGAUGGCAA